AUGUCCGGAAAAGGUGGUAAAGCUGGUUCUGCUGCUAAGGCUUCUCAAUCUAGAUCUGCCAAGGCAGGUUUGACCUUCCCAGUUGGUAGAGUGCAUAGACUUUUGAGAAAGGGUAACUACGCUCAAAGAAUCGGUUCUGGUGCUCCAGUGUACUUGACAGCUGUUUUGGAAUAUUUGGCUGCUGAAAUCUUGGAAUUGGCUGGUAACGCUGCUAGAGACAACAAGAAGACCAGAAUCAUCCCAAGACACUUGCAAUUGGCCAUCAGAAACGAUGACGAAUUGAACAAGUUGUUGGGUAACGUGACUAUCGCACAAGGUGGUGUUUUGCCAAACAUUCACCAGAACUUGUUGCCAAAGAAGUCUACCAAGGCCAAGGCUUCCCAAGAGUUGUGA